AUAUUGAUGCUGAAACCCCUCGCCAUUGACGAGCUGCUAGGCGUGAACAAUCUUUCGGGCACGAAAGGCAAUCGCCCAGUGCACGGCCAAUCGAACACAAAGGAGAUGAAACAGGCCAGAAAAUGCUAUUCUCCUCCAUUCAGUCCUAUCAAUCAGAGUUUUAAACCAGUCCGAGACAGCGAGCUGAAGAAAGGAGACCAGAGAGAGAGAAAAAGAAAGAAAGAAAGAAAGAAAGAGUCCAGCGGUAGUGCAAGAGAGACCCCCACCUACUCCAACCCCAAACACCGCCGCUACUUCUCCAACUCUUCUCUUUUCCUCCCUUGACUCCGCAUAUUGUUUUUAUUUAUUUGUUUUUGCAAUAUAACCAUGCUGCACGCAAUCACGCCUCUUAAGUCGGUUGCACGGUUUAUUGCUAAACAGAACCAGAUUUGUUUUCGCUCGCUUUUCCUUCGCGCUGCUGACUGGCAGAUGUGCUUGUAAUUGGAGAGUUUUUUUUUUUCGGAGAGGCUGCUGAACUGCUUUAUGUUUUUUAUUCCCCUCUGCUGAUUAAAACUAACUGGACUAAUGGAUCAAGUUUGAGGGGACCACACAGGGUGCCUCGGGUUUCAUAAAAUUUAUAAACAUUUAUUAGCCCAUGUGACUCGCAAACCCAGACCCCCACACUAACGCUAACGCUAAAAAUGUUGCUAUGGAAAUGAAACGGAGAGCAGACUCAGCGGGGACAGCCAAUCUUAACGCGGGGCUCCAAGAAGAAGAAGAAGAAAACUUUCCCUUUUUUCUGUUUUGGGGAGGGGAGCGAGGGGGUGGCUACCAAACGAAGCGUGAACCGGAACAGUGUGAAGGACAAAGCUGCAGGUACUUUGGACUACACAGAAAAAAAUAACAGAUCGCUGGGUGGUGAAAAAGUGAGGGAUUCGCAUCCCGUAAACCGAAACAAAUUGGUGUUUUCUACAGCUGGUACCAUCUGAAGCUUUAAACGGUGUGUGCGAGAGAGAGAGAGAGUGAGAUAGAAGGCGAGAGGACGAGAAAGGAUUGUUUUGUCGGUCUCUUUUUUCUUUCUUUGGAUUACGAGGUGUGUUUUCUUGCUGCUUCAUUGCUGGAUACUUUACUCCGGCUCUGCUUCUCGCUAUCAUGACUGCUACCAAGGAGCUAACGGGACUGUGUCGGUAACUCGAAGUUCACGGGAGAUCAGUGGCUGGAUUUCUGUGCUUUUUUAGGCUUACAAUUUGGACAGCAAAAGCAAUCUGCAAUGUUGGUGGUGAAAAAAACUCAGGACGGUUUUAGCUGAAAGUGGCUGGACAAUAUCCACAGGGGAAAGCGGCGCUUCGCCCAGCCCCGCAGCUCAUUGGAGGACCUAUGGAUCUCGUGCAACCGACAACUUGUUGCCGUACCCUACUGCUGCUCGGCUCACUCCUCCUCGUCCUAGAUGGCCACUUCAUAUGCUGGCAAGCUGUUCUCCGGUGCCAGCAAGAAAAAGAAUGCGAGUUAGCUUAUAACCAGUACCUGGCGGCAUGUGAUGCUUACCUGAAAGGAAACAGAAAGCAGUGCCCCAGCCACUGUAUCAGUGCACUGGUCAGACUGAACCAGACCCAAAAUGGGCCGGACUUGGAGAGCUGCGAUUGCGGGCAGGAUCAGCAGUGCCGGAGGGUGAAGCGUACCAUCGAGCCCUGCAUACCCCGCAGGCUGCCCCCCGACGCCGACAGCAUGGGCUGCACCGAAGCCCGGCAGCACUGCGAGGAAGAGCCGGGUUGCCAUUCCACCCUGACGGCCUAUCUCUCCAAUUGCGGUCAGCUGUUCAACGGCAGGAAAUGUACCCUGAAGUGCAAAAGCACCAUCCAGCAAAUGCUCCUCAUCCCGAGCGGGGGGCUGCUCAACCGCUGUGUCUGCGACGGAGUGGAAAGACCCUUCUGCGAAGUUGUAAAAGAGAACAUGAGCAAGCUGUGCGCGAUCGGGGAGCAGAGCCUCUCGACGGUGGAUCCAGAGAGCGAGGACAUGUACGAGGACGAAGAAGAGGAGCCCCGGACGGACAGAGAGGAGGGAGAAACGGACACGGUGACUUCCUACUCGGGCUCGGGACGGACACAACUUUCGCUGUUUGUUUAUGUCGUUUGCAUUUUGGUAUCCGCUCUGAGUGCGAUCGCUCACUGAAGUGAUAGCGGAUUCAAAGUGAUGCUGAAGAUUGUUUCGAUUCUAAUUGUUAGCGCCGCGCACUCUCUGCACACGUGGCAUUUCCUCUACAUUUUUGCGCAACUCCAGAAUUUUGCGGAGCCCAACUAAGUAAAGUGAACUGAAUGCUGUGAUCGAGCCGGGAGAUUUUUUUUAUUGUUUUCCUUGAUUUAAACAGGAGCUUAAAAAGGCAAUCCCUGCUAGUGUUUUUGCACCCCCCGCCCCCGCCGAUCGCCCCUUAAACAUGGCCUGCUCGCGUGAAGCUGGCCCGUUUCUCCGCACUGCUACUUAUUAAGACUUUUGACCAACUCGUGGACGGCCUUAUUUCUGUUUACUCUUCUUUCCAACACUUCAGAGCCAGCCAUUGUGGUGAUCACACUUCAAAUAUUUGUGGUGAACCGCAAAAGAACAGGCAAGGGGUUCUGGGAUCAAGUAGUUAAAUUAACUGAAGUGUUUCAGCCCUCCCUUGCCGCCCCCACACCCCCCUCCGUUUCUGUCUGAAAGGAACGCAAAUCAUUGAUCGCUAGAAACCUUCACGCACCAAGUGAAAGAGAAUGGGGGCUUCAGAACAGUGUGGCAUCUCAGUGCAAAACGGGAAUGUAGGAAACAUGUUAAGAAAUGUGAAAAACAAAAUAUCUGGGAUGAAGGAGACCCAAUGCAGAUCACUGGAGUGCGAGAGGAGCAGCCUGUAUAUACGUUAAAAAAUAUUGGUUUUGGAAUGUAUGCAGUAUGCCUUGUAAUUUACUUUUAUACACUAAAGUGUAUAUAAUAAAUGAAUUAUUUAUAUUUU